AUGGUGUGGGAAAGAGUAUUUGCGUGUAUAGGAAUUUUGACAACCGUCUGUAUCGUUGUGAAUCUCCUUUCCGUGGCAUACAAGUUCCUGCGUCCAUCAAAACUACACAAGUACCUACAUGAUGGCAAACAAACAUAUGCGUUUGUUACCGGAGCCACCGAUGGAGUUGGUCGUUCCAUGGCUUAUGAGCUAGCAAAAAGUGGCUUUAACCUCAUCCUCCACGGUCGAAAUAGCGAGAAACUGCAGGCUAUAACCGAGGACCUACAGAAUCAGUACCCAACCAUCAAGACCCGCAAAUUCGUCUGUGAUGCAUCGAAAGAUUUACUGGACUCGUCUACCCUAUCUAACCUACACAAGGUGCUGAAAGACGUCCACAUUUCGAUUCUAAUUAACAAUGUUGGCGGGAUGGGUUGCCUACCGCCUUCUUGUCUUUAUCAGGCCUACGAGUCCUAUACUGGGGAGCAGAUUGACGUUGUACUCAACGUUAAUCUCCGGUUUAUGGUACAACUCACGCGCAUCCUUAUCCCAUUAAUGGACCACUCUACCUCUAUGACGGCUGCAAGUAACAAACGGCUGCCUUCUUUAAUCCUGAACAUGGGGUCCGUUGGGGCUCAUGGAUCCCCUUAUAUCAGUGUAUAUGCUGGUACCAAAGCAUUUGUUGCUUCUUUCUCUAACUCAUUAAGCAUGGAAAUGAAAAUUGAGGGGAAAGAUAUCAAUGUCCAGGCCCUAAUAAUUGGUGAGACUAGGAGCGCCACUCACAUUGUUAAGGACGGAAUGAUGGUCCCCCAUUCUAACUCACUUGCCCGUUCUGCAUUGAAAAUAGUUGGCUCAGAUAGGGAAACAUUUGUUUCAGGCUGUUUCCCUCACUGGAUGGCGAAAAUAUUUGUUCAGGUUAUGCCGGUAUAUGUUUCUAAUGCGCUCUUUGUUGAUGCUAUAAAGAAACUUAAGGCAGCCCAUGAGAAACGAGUGGCCUCCCUUGCCGACUAA